CUAAAUCUUCAAUUUUCUUUAAACUUUACAGAAUCUGUUAAAUACAAGUAUCGUAUGAAAUUUAUCGAUGUUCUCUUGACUCUGUGUGACAAAAGUCAACAUAUGGUGAGCUUGCACUUGACCAAGGGCGACGGAGGUCGUGAUGUAUAUGUUACAUACUUGCAUGAAGUAGAUCUUCAUGACAAUAAUUGGAGGAAAACAGUAAGACAAAGAGAAAGAGGUUACAAAACGUAUAAAAGUAGGAGCCGUGAACCAUCUAGGAUAAAUUUGAAAAAGAUUUUAAAGUCAAUGAAGAAACGAAUGGAGUGAUUCGAAGAACUCUAAAAUUAUGACUCAGGAAUUUGUGUCCCCGUUCAUCUAGACUAAGAAGCAUAGCAGCUAACUAUAAAUCUUACUAUGUGAUGCAUAAAUUUAGAAACGAUUGUUUCUUCAGCAGUUUUAUUGUACGCGUCGUAAUAUUAAGGUAGUCUCCUUGAGUAUCGCAGCGAAAAACAAAGAAAUCAAAAACAGUUCAUUUGAUAAGAUAAGCUCCUCAGGACGAAAGAUUUUAAAGAGAUAUCCAAUUAUUUCGUACUCAAAUUCCUUUUUUUUGCAGAGAGAGUAAAUUACAUGUCUCAUUAAGGUCAUCACUACUUCAAGAUAUAUUUCGUAUAGCAAGAAGGAAACUGUUAAUUUCCGGUGAUAUUGAACUGAAUCCAGGACCCACACAAUUGCCAUUUGCUGUAUUAACACAAAGAUUAAGAACGAUCGGCUUAAGGCCACUAGAUGUUUGCGGUGAUAGAGAUUGUUUUUUUAAAGUUGUUUCACAUCAGUCGUGUGGCACUCCAGAUUGUCAUUUUGCAAUUCGAGAUGCUAGUAUUCAGUAUCUUAGGGAGUACCCAGAAGAAUUUAUUGAGAGCAAUGUUGCAAAUUCAUGGUUAGGCUAUUUAAAUACUAUGUCCAUGCAACGAACAGGGUGUGAUGGUCUCAUAGUGCAGGCUGUAGCAAAUGCACUUGGUAUAACACUACAUAUCAUAGAAUCUCAUCAAAAUUUUACAGAAAGGACAAUAAUUGAACCUGCCGUGACCUUACAAGGAGAACAAAGGACUAUUUACUUAGGCCGCAUAAAUGAGGUUAAUUAUGUCUCUACAGUUCCAGAUGUUCCAGAAUUAUUUAGAACACAAAUAACAAACAGUUGCAGCACUAGCAUACAUGAAUCGAAGAGUUCUUUCGCGAUUGAAUAUCACAAAAAAGAUUAUUUCACGACAUAUAUGAGAAAAAGAAGGGCCAAUGAAAACGAUGGGUGUAGAGACAAACGGCUAUUGAAAAAAAUCUUUCAGAAAUCGCAUGUUGUAACUUGCCCAAAUUAUUCCAUGUGUUAUUUCCAAGUGGUGGUGUAAUAAGAUCUCACAUUUUUUUUAUUGAAGCAUUUUUUUAAACCCUUCCCUUCCUUUUUUUUCAUCAGCUGAGAAGAAUGGCUGAGAGUUCAAAGCGAAAAGGUAAGCGGCCAAGUAAAUUAUCCGUCACUUUGCAAAUUCACGAAGCGUUUCCUUAGAUAAGAUAUAUAUAAAAGUACGUAAUAUAUAAAAACAUUACUCUUAGAUAUUAACUGUUGGUCAAUAUCAUCACAACGUACCUAAAUUACAUUCAAUACAACUCAAUACAUUUUCAUGCAGCAAAGGUCUUCUUUUAGUAAAAAAUUCAAAAUCUGCUACUUUUUUAUUACUGCAACUGACGUAAUAUAUUAAACUAUUUCAAUUUAAUAACAAUUAUAGAAUUUAUUUGCAAAAAGACUGAUAAAGAAAAAUUCCCUAAAUUUUGCUGUUUACAGAUCAAUAAUAACCAACAGCUUCAUGCUGCUUAAUGUUACUUCCACUCUCAUUACAUUAUCUUUAUAUCCUCUUCUCCACUUCUAAUAUAUGUUUCUCACCAUAUUAUUUCUCUAUUGCAGAUAGUAACGUUGGUUACGUUCACUCAUUAUCGCCCAUUAAAUAGGUAAGGUCUGGAAAAUUGUACUAGAAUUUUGACCUUCAAACAUCACCAACUAAAUUCACAAGAGUGGUUGGAUUUGACAAGAAUUUACAUGCUCAGGCAUUGCAUUUCCAGGUUACAAAAGUCCAGCUAAAGUUGUCAAUAGUAAUAAAAAAGAAGAUACAAUCUUUGUCAACCAAACAAGCUCAAUUGUCCAAGCUAGCAGCAGUGAUUUCUGUGUAACUUUCUGUGCACAGCUCCAUCGACAAAGCAAGGGGAAGCGAAGGAAGCAAUCUCCAGUGCGACAGAUAUAACACUGAAUGAAAUCCAAACUCUGACAAGAAAUCAAAACGUUUAUUUACAAGGCCACCUAACACCUGGCCAAAAUCCAAAGAAAGAGGUCAUUAAACGCAAUGGCGAAAAGGGAUACGUAAAAGAAGACUGUGUGAUUGAAGAUCGCACUGGUUCUGCCACUAUACAACUUUACUUCACUUUACUUCACUUUACUUUACUUUUUAUACAACUGGAUAACUCGCUAACCCAAGUAGAGAGUGGAAACACUUACAGCUUCCAAAAUCUUAGCGUGAAGAAUUAUUCAGGAAUGACCUUACUGGGUACCACACCAACAACAACAUUCCAAAAAGUAGACCUCCAACUAACUGAAGUGAAAGGCCCACAGCUUCUUUCAAAUACUGAGAAGGAAAUUGUUAUUAAAGAAUUCAAAUUUGUUGAUAAAGUAAAUGUCUUCAUGACAUGUCAGAUAAAGUCUUGCAAGAAAAAAAUGCCGCAUGCAGUGGGCUCAACUGUUCUCAAAUGCACUUCAUGUGGAACUAGUCAAAAAGUUAAAGCGGCAGAAAACGGAAUGUCUGCACGCCUUCGCGCCGAAAUAGACGGAGAAGAUUGCUGGCUUACUGCUCUGACAGAUGUCAUGGAAAGCUUAUUGUUCAGAAUAAGCCUUACCAGAGAUACCAACACAGAUCAAAUAGCGGAAAGAUUACUUCAAAUUGAAAAUAUUAAAAUGAAAAUUAAUACACAGUCCAAUCACAUAAUCGAACUUCUAGAGAAUACUAAAUAG